CGACCUCAACCGCCUCAACCGCCUCAACCACUUCAACCACUUCAACCUCAACUUACAUCGCGCAGUCCUUAGAUACUACUGUCGACAGCCAACAUGGCCUCGGAAAUUCGUAUUGGCUACGUGCCAGAGCAUUAUCUGCUCCCCCUGCACAUUGCCGCCAGAAACUCUCUGUUCCCAUCAUCUCUGAAAAUCACCCUAGUACCAUUUCCCUCCGGCACCGGACAUAUGAUCACCUCCCUCCGAGCCAAAGAGAUCGAUCUGGCAAUUGGACUGACGGAAGGAUGGGUGGCAGGCUUACUCAAUGACAAUGUUAAGAAUCAAUCGCUGCAAGAAAAAGGUUAUACCAUCGUUGGCUCCUGGGUGUCCACGCCCCUGCGAUGGGCUAUUGUCACAGGUCGAAAUCGACAGGAUAUCAACUCGGUGGAUGAUCUCCAAACUCACAGAAGAGUGGGUGUGAGCCGCAUGGGCAGUGGGUCGCACGUCAUGGCCUUUGUCCUAGCUCAGCAACAAGGAUGGCUACAACAGACAUCAGAUGCCUUAGAAGUGGUACCUUUGGGGCCCUUCAAGGAUUUGCGCGAUGGCGUGACCAGCUCGACCGCCGACUUUUUCAUGUGGGAACACUUUACCACCAAGCCAUUCUUCCACGCGUCAGACAGCCCGCUGAAGAAAAUUGGAGAGAUAUAUACUCCCUGGCCAUCAUGGCACAUUGCAGCAUCCACAUCCACGUUUCCCCCGGACAGUACAUCGACAGCCGAGGUUCUGGGCCAGAUCUUCCAGGCCCUGGAUCAAGGAAUAGCUAUAUUUAACGAGACUCCAGACGAAGCAGUGCGCAUGCUAGGGACUGGGGAAGCAGGCUGCCAUUAUACCGAAGAUGACGCGCGAGAAUGGCUCAAAGACGUCAAGUUUGUGAGCAAGACUCAGGGCGUGGAUCAAGCCGUAGCCAGUGGCGUUGUCGACGUCCUCAAGACCGCUGGUGUGAUCGGACAGAAUACACAACUGGGCCAAGGCGAUGGGGUAAUUGGUAUUCCGAGGUAGGGUCCAGCGACUGCCUUACGCUGUCGUCGAGCCACUCCAUUGUGAUGUCCGUGAUCAGGCUUGCAUGGCUGGGGAUAGAAAAUGAUAUCUUAUAGCCUGGACAUGCCUAGGCUGCACAAGCUGAGCCUCUUCGACCUGCCCUCCAGGUGCCGACCCAGGCCCGGGCACUCCUGGCCAGAUACGUACCACGUUCGGUACCUACCGAGCAUAUGUGCUGAGUGUAUCAUGAGCAGCCUUGACUGGAUCGGUGACUUGUGUCAAGUAAUCAUGUGCUCAACAGCAUGCGUAGUCGUGCAAGAGGCAAAACGCGCAGACAUGAGAGGCAGGGAAAACACGUAACCAACCAUCC